AUGGGCCAGCAGAAGGGGGGAGGCGCGGCGGAUCUGGCGAAGGGGGCGCUGCUGCAGUGCGUGGAGGCGGCGACUUUGGGGAUGCCUUUUGAGACACCGGAGCGAGGGCACUCUGGAGGCGUUCAGAGCCAUUUGGGCCUCUCGCGGGGCCGCGGGGUUUUGGCGCGGCACCACCGCCAAGAUGAUAGAGAGCGCGUCAAAGGGAGGGGUUUUGUUGUAUAG